UUUCCGGUCACUGUUACGUCUCCAUGCCGUGCAGCUGUCCUUGGAAAGUGUCUCGUGUGCGGCUCGUGGUAAAGAUGCGGAGAACAGAUGUCACCAACUGAAGCUUGCUGCUGAAAACAACACGGGAGCCAAAAAAAGGAAGAAAAUAAAAGCCAUGGCGUCUCCUUUCCUGAAGUACUCCGUGCUUCUCCAGAAGUAUCGCACUCCACUGCUCAUUGCGAGCUGCGGCGGAGUCUUCGCCGCCAACAUGUUCUACCACGUUUUCCCUGACGUCUCCUACCGUCAGCUCUAUCAGGCCUGGCACCGGGGGGAGCCGGUCGUGCUGUCGGAAAAGCUGGAAACUCUUUUUCAGCAGGUGCUGAAGGACUAUGGCGUCAGCUCACCCAAGAAUGUCUCGGCCUUUGCGUCCUUUGGCUUCCAACCGGUUGGCGCUGGCGUCCCGUGGCUUCCUGCAGGGGCCCAAAUCGGCAUCCCUGCUAACUUUAACAGCACCGCCGACGACCCGAGUGGAAUUACCAAUCGCAACAUUUUCAUCAAUGGCAAAACAGUGGACUGGAGCAGUGAGUCCGGUUCGACUCUAAAGGAGGCGCUUGUGUUUUCCCUCGACGCGCAGAAGUUCGCCAUAGCGCGCGAGGUGGCCCGCUUGCAGUCCGGGGGACCCGUCAUGAGCGCUGCUGUCGCUCCGUUCUGCCUGGGAGGGGUUUGGGUGUACAGCGUGGUGCUGAAGCAGGUUUUCGGGCUGUACGGCGGGCCUGCGCUGCUACGCGGUGCUGUGAACAUCAUUGCGCUUGGCAUUGGUGCUGUUUCCUACUUCCUCACCUCGGACGCCGUCAGCCAGUGGCUUGACUAUAGCUCGGACCGACGUGCAGCCGGAGUGUCCCGCGAUUACGCCAAAGGAGGGGUGGAGUUUUACGAUAAAAUUCUGUCCAGAAACAAAAUGCUGCGCUCACUGAUGGGGCAGAAGGGAGAGGAUAUGUACGCUCCCAGUGGGAACUUGUUUCCUGCUCACGUCCUUCAGCUGAAACACACGCCGUACACCUCCAGGAGGGAGCAGAUCCUCGCUCUGCUGAAAGAGGAGAAAGUAUAAGAGGAGGGUUAGCGAUGGGAACUAAACUAGCAAGACUUUUCAUGUUUUUUCUUAAAAUUAUGUCAUCACGUAUGUGCUGAAUGUAAUUUGUAAUCAGCAAAGUCCUCAGGGGUGUCUGUAUUUGCUGACUUUGUGCAACAACGAUAGCGUGUAGGGCACAGUGUACAAAUAAACUGUU